AUGGACAGCUCUACAAUCACAUUCAUCGCCACUUUGGUCAUAGCGUUUAUCUUUCUAAGAUGGUUUAUUUCUUCUGAUGAUGCAGAUGAAUUGGAACAAGAACAAGAAGCUGCUAGAGAAUCAUCUUCAUCAGCAUCAACAGCAACUGGUACACAACAAGCACAACCACAACGUUUCCGUCGUCCUGUCACUCAUGAUAUGAUUGAAGUUGUUCAACAAUUGGCACCAGGUCUCACUGUGGGUCAAAUUAAAUUGGAUUUACAAAGAACAGGAUCUGUACAGGAAACUGUUGAUAGAUUUUUAAGUGAAGGUGGAUUACCAUUCCCUGAAGGUGAAGCACCAAGACCAACUGGUACUACUGGUGGUAAUGAUGGUCAAGAUUCAAGAAAUGCUACUGAUAAUAUUAAACCUGAAAAUUUGUUGAAGAAAUAUGGUGUUGAUGCUAAUGCAACAAGUUCUGGUGCUGAAACAUCUAAAUCUGGUACUCAAACUUGGUCAGAUUCUGCAGAUGAAAGAGCUAGUUCUUUACAACAAAAGAAAACUGAAAUGAUCUUGAAAGCAAGAAGAAGACUUGAAUCACAAUUGAAGAAUGAACAAGAUUUAUCUAAAUUAGAAGAAUGA